GAAGACGUUUUCCCGAGAGGCGCCGCUUGGGUGACUGAGCCCAGCCCUCCUCCAACUGUGCGGAGUGAGCGCCCUGGCGCCUGGAGCCUGGCGCCCGCCACCUGAGCCGCGUGCGUGCCAGCGCAGAGGUCGCACUCGCGUCACCCCUGCGCCUGCAGAGGCUUCCCAGGAGCACCGACUCCACGGACCCGCCCGCCCGCGCUCCGCCGGAGGCCCCCUGAACUCAAACUUCAGAUUGGAAGGGCCAGGGAGAGAACCCUGUCCCAGGCGAGGCCUGGGGCGACGCUCUCUCCUUUGGGACCCAAAAGCGCGGCUUGGGUCUGAAAGCUCAGCAUUUGGGGUCGCGGGUGACGCGGGGUGCGCGGGAGCCGAGUUUCCAUUGCCUCAGGCAGGCUACACCCCCGGCUGGGUCAGGCUCGGCAAAGGGGUCGCGGGGGCAGAGGGGCGGAGCACGAGGCGAAGCCCGCGGGGAGCCCCACCCCGGCCGCGUUGGCUCCCUCCCCUCCCCUCCCUUAUCUUCCCCGCCCCUGCGGGGAUGGGGGUGUGGUCCCGAGAGCCUGCUGUGGCUUCCAGCUUUGCGCCUCGCUCCCGGGAGCGUUGGAACGCCCGCAGCCUGUUUCCCCGGGACACUUACCUGGCUGUGUGCCCCAGUCUCCUGCAGGCAGUCUGGCCGCCGGGAACGCUCCGAGCAAGCCCUCGACUGCGCGACUCUGUCCGGGGGCCGCUCUCAGCACCCCUUGUUGCAGUCGCGGACCCGCGGUGGGCAGCAUGCGGGACUACGACGAGGUGACCACCUUCCUGGGCGAGUGGGGGCCCUUCCAGCGCCUCAUCUUCUUCCUGCUCAGCGCCAGCAUCAUCCCCAACGGCUUCAAUGGAAUGUCUGUCGUGUUCCUGGCCGCCGUCCCGGAGCACCGCUGCCGGGUGCCGGACACCGCGAACCUGAGCCGCGCGUGGCGCAACCACAGUAUCCCGCUGCGGCUGCUGGACGGCCGCGAGGUGCCUCACAGCUGCCGGCGCUACCGGCUGGCGGUGAUCGCCAACUUCUCGGCGCUCGGGCUGGAGCCGGGGCGCGAUGUGGAUCUGGAGCAGCUGGAGCAGGAGAGCUGCGUGGAUGGCUGGGAGUUCAGCCAGGACAUCUACCUGUCCACCAUCGUGACCGAGUGGAGUCUAGUGUGUGAGGAUGAUUGGAAGACACCCCUCACCUCCUCCCUGUUCUUCGUGGGCGUGCUCCUUGGCUCCUUCGUGUCCGGGCAGCUAUCUGACAGGUUUGGCAGGAAGAGCAUCCUCUUCGCAACCAUGGCUGUGCAGACUGGCUUCAGCUUCCUGCAGAUUUUCUCCAUCAACUGGGAGAUGUUCACUGUGUUAUUUGUCAUCGUCGGCAUGGGCCAGAUCUCCAACUAUGUGGUGGCCUUCAUUCUAGGAACUGAAAUUCUUGGCAAGUCAGUUCGUAUUAUAUUCUCUACGUUAGGAGUGUGCACAUUUUUUGCAGUUGGCUACAUGCUGCUACCCCUGUUUGCUUACUUCAUCAGAGACUGGCGGAUGCUGCUGCUGGCGCUGACGGUGCCGGGGGUGCUGUGCCUCCCGCUGUGGUGGUUUAUUCCCGAAUCUCCCCGGUGGUUGAUAUCCCAGAGAAGAUUUUCAGAGGCUGAAAGUAUCAUCCAAAAAGCUGCAAAAAUGAACAACAUAGCCGCCCCAAGGGUGAUUUUUGAUCCUAUGGAGCUACAGGAACUAAAACUCCCUGGUCAGCAGAAAGUUCUCAUUCUGGACCUGUUCAGGACUCGGAAUAUUGCCACAAUAACCAUUAUGUCCUUGCUCCUGUGGAUGCUAACCUCAGUGGGUUACUUUGCUCUGUCUCUCAACGCUCCUAAUUUACAUGGAGAUGCCUACCUGAACUGUUUCCUUUCUGCCUUGAUUGAGGUUCCAGCUUACAUUACAGCCUGGCUGUUGCUUCGAAAGCUGCCUCGGCGUUACAUCAUCGCCGGCGUACUGUUCUUGGGAGGAGGUGUGCUUCUCUUAAUUCAGUUUGUACCCGCAGAUUACAACUUCUUGUCCAUUGGUCUGGUGAUGUUAGGGAAGUUCGGGAUCACCUCUGCUUUCUCCAUGCUGUAUGUCUUCACCGCAGAGCUUUACCCCACCCCGGUCAGGAACAUGGCCGUGGGGGUCACAUCCAUGGCCUCCAGAGUGGGCAGCAUCAUUGCUCCCUACUUUGUUUACCUCGGUGCUUACAACAGAGUUCUGCCCUACAUUGUUAUGGGUAGCCUGACUGUCUUCAUUGGAAUCAUCACCCUUUUCUUCCCUGAAAGUUUUGGAAUGACUCUACCUGAGACCUUAGAGCAGAUGGAGAAAGUGAAAGGGUUUAUUAUAAAGAAUGCACAUGAACAGCCAAAUGAAGAGUUACAAAGGGUGAAGUCCAGAAGGGUCCAGAGUGCAAGAGCUUCUGUCCCCAUGCAUUUGGGGAACACCACCGUCCUCAUACAUGGAUGUGUUCACCAAUUCAGAAGCUCUCUGAACCUCAAUGUUCGGGGGUUUUAUGGAGGUUCAGGUUUAGGAAAAAACCAAGAGAUUCAGUGCAGAAGGAAGAAAAUCCCAAAGUUCUAAUAACUUCGUUCUGAUACGAUCUCCACCACCAUUUGGUGACCUGAAAACUAAAUGCAUCAAACUCUGUGAGAAAACCAAAGCCUUUCCUAAGGAACUGGACCAAGCCUAAAGAUGAACACUAAGAUGACUCUGAUUUUCAAAUACUUGUCAUAGAGCACACGCUGGGCCACUCUUCAGAUGAUCUUCUUGUUUUAAAAACCAUUUCCAGAGAGUCUACCAUCCUAAUGAAUUCGAUGAAAUGGGUUCAUAAGAUUUUUUUUAAAUCUUAUGGUCAAGGACUGGUAAAUCCAUACAAAUAUUGACACUCAUUUUCAAACAUACAAAUACUAUUCAAAUAAAAAGAAUGUCAUUGUAUUAACGCAA